UUUGGUGUAUUUGAACUACUGCGUACUUUUUGACGUUUCAUAAGUAAAGGCAUAGUGUGUGCGUAAAGAUCUAUAAUAAACAAACCAUGGCAUUGAACGCCACCUCCACGAUACUGAAAUCUCUGAGGAGCCCAGUGAAAAUUUCCACAGCUUCUUAUCACCCAAAAGUUAUUGACCACUAUGAAAACCCAAGAAAUGUCGGUUCUUUGGAUAAAAACGACGAAAACGUCGGUACUGGCCUGGUCGGAGCUCCAGCAUGUGGUGAUGUCAUGAAACUGCAAAUCAAAGUUGAUGACAAUGGCAAAAUCAUCGACGCCAAAUUCAAAACAUUUGGAUGUGGAUCUGCCAUUGCAAGCAGCUCAUUGGCUACAGAGUGGGUAAAAGGCAAGACUGUUGAACAAGCUUUGGAGUUGAAGAACACCAUAAUUGCAAAAGAAUUGUCUUUGCCCCCAGUAAAAUUACAUUGCUCAAUGUUGGCCGAAGAUGCUAUUAAAGCAGCUUUAUCCGAUUAUAAAAUCAAAAAGCAGAAAUCUGAUGAUACCAAGUAAAUAAGCAAUGUAAAGAAUGUGAUAUUUUGGUACAGUAGUAUGGCAUAAAGAUAAGUGUAUAGUUAGUCU